AUGUCGCAGCAGGGUCCCCUUUCGGCCAACCUGGACCGCAUAGUCCACGACCUACGGUCAAAAAAUGACGAGACGCGACAGCGAGCAGCAACCGCGCUGCGACAGCAGGUUGAAUCGGCGCAUCGAGAACUCGCGCCCAACGUCUUCACCACAUUCAACAAUGAAGUCUACACCAAGAUCUCGGGCCUCAUCGUCACCGGCACCGACUCGAACGAACGCAUCGGCGGCAUCCACGCGCUCAACGCCCUGAUCGACUUCCGCGGCGACGAUGCGGGCCAGAAGACGACGCGGUUCGCCUCAUACCUUCGGGCGGUAAUGCGGGGUCAGGACAUCACAGCCAUGGUGGUCGCGGCCAAGGCCCUGGGACGACUCGCGAAGCCCGGCGGUACACUCACGGCGGAGCUGGUGGAAGCAGAGGUCAAGGGCGCAUUGGAGUGGCUGCAGCUGGAGCGCCUGGAGAAUAGACGCUUCGCCGCUGUCCUCAUCCUGCGCGAACUGGCGAAGAACUCACCCACGCUCAUGUACCAAUGGAUUGCGCAAAUCUUCGAGGUCAUCUGGGUCGCCCUACGAGAUCCAAAGGUCCUCAUCCGGGAGUCCGCCGCCGAAGCCAUCAGCGCCUGCUUCGAGAUCAUAUCCCCGCGCGACUCGCAGAUGCGCCAGCUCUGGUUCGGAAAAGUCUACGACGAGAUCCUACGCGGCUUCACUAUCAACACGAACGAAGCGAUUCACGGUUCCCUCCUCACCAUGAAGGAGCUCCUCGACAAGAGCGCCAUGUUCAUGAACGACCAGAAGUACAAGGAGACAGUUGAGCAUGUACUUAAGUACCGGGAGCAUCGCGACGCGCUCGUACGGAGGGAGGUGGUGCUCAUCAUACCCAUCCUCGCUGGUUAUUCGCCAACCGAGUUUGCGACCAAGUACCUCCACCAGUGCAUGCUACAUCUCCAGGGUCUUAUUAGGAAGGACCGCGACAGGGACAAGGCAUUCGUCGCCAUCGGACAGAUCGCAAACGCGGUCGGAGUCGCCAUCUCACCAUACCUCGAGGGCAUCCUAGGCUUCAUACAGGAAGGUCUGAUCGCUAAGGCUCGUAACAAGGCUGCCAUCAACGAAGCGCCAAUCUUCCAGUGUCUCAGUAUGGUUGCGGCAGCGGUCGGUCAGGCACUCACCAAGUCUGUUGAGCGGCUACUGGACCCCAUCUUCUCCUGCGGCUUGAGCGACGCACUCUUUCAAGCUCUCGUCGACAUGGCGCAUUACGUACCGCCAUCACGCCCUAUGAUCCAAGAAAAGCUCUUAGAUCUUCUCAGCCAGAUCCUUGCUGGACGACACUUCCUCCCCCUCGGCAGUCCCUUCCAGAUCUCACAACCUCCGCAAAUAUGGACACGCGACCACAAGGACCCUUCGAUCAUCCCUCAGCGGGAGGCAGAGAUUGCGCUGGCACUACACACACUCGGUAGUUUCGACUUCACAGGCCAUGUGCUGAACGAGUUCGUCCGCGAUGUUGCCAUCCGCUACGUUGAAGCCGAUAACGCUGAGAUCCGGAAGCGCGCCGCCCUGACGUGCUGUCAACUCUUCGUCAAGGAUCCUAUUGUUCACCAGACUAGUACUCAUGCGACAAAGGUGGUGGGCGACAUCAUCGAGAAGCUCUUGACUGUCGGCGUAGGCGAUGUUGAACCCGACAUUCGGUGGGAUGUCCUCAUGGCACUGGAUGCACGUUUCGACCGUCAUCUUGGAAAGGCAGACAACGUCCGCACCCUAUUCCUUGCUCUCAACGACGAGGUCUUUGCUAUUCGAGAGGCUGCCAUGUCCAUCAUUGGUCGCCUGACGGCGGUCAAUCCUGCCUACGUCUUCCCUUCUUUGCGCAAGGUACUACUCCAGCUGUUGACUGAGGUCAACUACGCCAACAGCCCUCGCAGCAAGGAAGAGAGCGCCAAGUUGAUUAGUAGUCUAGUCGGUGCCGCGGACAGCCUCAUCAAACCGCUGAUAGAUCCUAUUGUUGAGGUUCUGCUGCCCAAGUGCAAAGACUCAAACCCCGAGGUUGCUUCAACAACGCUCAAGGCUAUUGGCGACCUCGCUACAGUCGGCGGCGAGGGUAUGAUCAAGUACAUCAAAGAUCUUAUGCCAGUCAUUCUAGACUUUAUGCAAGAUCAGACGUCGGAUGCUAAGCGAUUCUCGGCUCUGAAAGCUCUCGGACAGUUGGCGACAAAUGCCGGCUAUGUCAUUGAACCGUACCGGGAAUAUCCAGAGCUGAUGAACAUUCUGAUGAGCAUCGUCAAGACGGAACCGGAAGGUGAACUCAGAAGGGAGACUGUUAGGCUCAUGGGUACCCUUGGAGCCCUGGAUCCGGACGAGUACCAGAAGAUCAUGGAACAGUCACCCGACAAGCACCUCAUCCUGGAAGCGCAGGCUAUCACUGAUGUCUCGCUCAUCAUGCAAGGCACAACACCCUCGAAUGAGGAGUACUACCCCACAAUUGUCAUCAGCACGCUCAUGGGACUACUUAAGGAUCCGUCUCUUGUGCAGUACCACACUGCCAUUGUCGAAGCUGUCAUGAACAUUUACGCGACCAUGGGAUUGAAGUGUGUUCCUUUCCUCAGCCAGGUUGUACCUGGCUUCCUUCACGUCAUCCGAUCAACGCCAGCUGGACGAUCGGAAGGCUACUUCAACCAGCUUAGCCAGCUUGUUCGAAUUGUUCGCCAACACAUCCGGCCAUACCUACCUAGCAUCCUUGCGACGAUCAAGGAGUACUGGAGUAGCAGCCCGCAGCUACAAGCUACCAUUCUUUCUUUGAUCGAGGCUAUCGCCCGCUCGCUGGAAGGCGAGUUCAAGGUCUACCUGGCUGAUGUUCUACCUCUCAUGCUGAGUGUUCUUGAUUCCGACCAGACUGGCAAGCGGUUGCCAUCAGAGCGUGUGCUACAUGCCUUCCUUAUUUUCGGCUCCAGUGCGGAAGAGUACAUGCAUCUCAUCAUUCCGGUCAUGGUAACUAUGUUCGACAAGCCAGGCCAACCCAUCCAGAUCCGGAGACAUGCCAUCGAAACACUAGGACGGUUAUCGAAACAAGUCAACGUCUCUGAGUUCGCUGCGCGUAUCGUGCAUCCCCUCUGCCGAGUGCUUUCCGGUAACGAGCCAACCCUCAAGCAGACUGCGCUCGAGACGCUCUGUGCACUCAUCUUCCAACUUGGUCCGGACUACAUCCACUUUGUACCGACCGUCAACAAGAUCCUCAUCGCGCACAAGGUACCCCAUGAGAACUACGGACGUAUCGUAUCAAAGCUGCAGAAAGGCGAGCCACUACCUCAAGAUCUCAGCCCAGAUGAGCGAUACGGCGAAGACGAUGAGGACUUGAACCCUGCGGAGAUCCUCACUAAGAAGUUGGCGGUCAACCAGCAGCAUCUCAAGCAGGCCUGGGAGGCUUCUAACAAGACCACCAAGGAAGACUGGAUCGAAUGGAUGCGAAGGUUCAGUGUUGAACUUCUCCGAGAGUCGCCACAGCAGGCACUACGCGCCUGCACACCACUGGGUAGCGUGUACAAUCCGAUCGCACGCACACUGUUCAACUCGGCGUUCGUCUCAUGCUGGACUGAGCUCUACGAUCAGUAUCAAGAAGAGCUUGUUCGGUCUAUAGAGACAGCACUCACGUCGCCCAACAUUCCGCCAGAGAUUCUCCAAGUCCUACUCAACUUGGCAGAGUUCAUGGAGCACGACGACAAAGCCUUACCGAUCGAUGUGCGGAUCCUGGGUAUGUAUGCUGGAAAGUGCCACGCUUUUGCCAAGGCACUGCACUACAAGGAGCUCGAGUUCAACGCGGAACAGAAUUCCAGCGCUGUGGAAGCCCUUAUCAGUAUCAACAACCAGCUGCAACAGACCGACGCAGCAUUCGGUAUAUUGCGCAAGGCGCAGAACUACGCGGAUGUAGAGUUGAAAGAGACUUGGUUCGAGAAGCUGCAGAAAUGGGACGAAGCCCUUGCUGCCUAUCAGAGGCGCGAGCUCGAAGAACCCGACUCUUUCGAUGUCACUAUGGGCAAGAUGCGCUGCUUGCACGCUCUGGGCGAGUGGGACCUGCUUUCCAGCUUAUCAAAGGAGAAGUGGGCCAACGCGACGCAGGAGUAUCGUAAGGCGAUAGCACCGCUUGCUGCGACGGCCGCCUGGGGUCUGGGCAAGUUUGCGGACAUGGACAACUAUCUCGGUGUCAUGAAGGAACAGUCGCCCGAUCGCGCUUUCUUCGCCUCCAUUCUCAACAUCCACAACAACCGCUUCGAGAUUGCUGUCGAUGAGAUUGCCAAGGCUAGAAAGGGUCUCGACACAGAGUUGAGCUCGCUCCUUGGAGAAUCAUACCAACGCGCAUACUUGCCGAUGAUUCGUGUUCAGAUGCUGGCAGAGCUCGAGGAGAUCAUGCAGUACAAGCAGAACGAGGGUAAUCUUGAGAAGCAGCGCAGCAUGCGCAAGACCUGGAUGAAGCGGCUUAGAGGACUGCAACCGAACCCUGAGGUCUGGCAGCGCAUGAUCAAGGUCCGACAGCUCGUCAUCUCACCAAAGGAGGGUACGGAUAUGUGGAUCAAGUAUACCAAUCUUUGCCGCAAGAGCAACAGGAUGAACCUCGCGAACAAGGCGCUCCAGAAGUUGCUCGACAUCGAGAGCACUGGCGACAGCACUGUGGUUGAGUUCGUCCGCAACAACGCCCAUGAGAUCUCGCACCCAGUCGCAUACACGACCUACAAGUACAUGUGGGCCGAUCAGAACUUCAAGCAGGAGGCUCUUGAUAGUAUGAAGGACUUCACCGGACGACUAUCUGAGGAUCUCGCGAUGCGCACUAGGGCUGCGACCAACCCGAUGAUGGGACAGAAUGGGAUGAACGGUAUGUCCAAUGGUCAGCACAUGUUCACGAACAUCAACCCCUUUGCUGCCACCAAUGGACACAGUGGAGUCAAUGGUAUGAAUGGUUCAAGCAUGCUAAACGGGUCGUCCAUAGGUGCCUCACCUACUGAACUGGCCGAGAGCCAUCGCCUACUCGCCAAAUGCUACCUCAAGCAAGGUGACUGGCAGCAAGAACUCCAAGACGGCGAGUGGGAGCACGAGUUCGUUCACGAGAUCCUAGCCGCUUAUGCGGCUGCCACACGCUACAACAAGGACUGGUACAAGGCCUGGCACGCUUGGGCUCUUGCCAACUUCGAAGUCAUCAACUCCAUCACAUCCAAGUCUGACCGGGAGGCCACUGAAGUACCUAAUAACAUUAUCCACGAUCACGUCAUCCCGGCUAUCCAGGGCUUCUUCAAGUCAAUCGCACUGUCUUCAACUAGUUCGUUGCAGGAUACGCUGAGGUUGCUUACCCUAUGGUUCAGCUAUGGUGGACGGGAAGGCGUCAACCGCACCAUCACAGAGGGCACGAAGUCUGUGCCAAUCGACACAUGGCUCGAAGUCAUUCCCCAAUUGCUUGCUAGGGUCAACCAACCCAACGCCGUGGUUCGGCAAUCGAUUCAUCAGCUGCUUAUCGAAGUCGGCAAGGCACAUCCUCAGGCUUUGGUCUUCCCAUUGACUGUCUCGAUGAAGUCGGAUGUAUCGCGACGUCAGCGAUCCGCUAAGGAACUCAUGGAGGCCAUGCGCGAGCACUCGCCGAAGCUGGUCGAACAAGCAGAUCUUGUGAGUCACGAACUCAUUCGUAUUGCUGUGCUCUGGCAUGAGCAAUGGCAUGAGGGUCUUGAGGAAGCCAGUAGGCUCUACUUUGGCGAUCACAACAUCGACGGCAUGUUUGCUACUCUCGCCCCACUCCAUGCGAUGCUCGACAAGGGACCUGAGACUCUACGUGAAAUCUCAUUCAUCCAAUCAUUUGGUCGCGAACUCCAAGAAGCCCGGGACUGGUGUAAUACAUUCAGGACAUCCGGUGAAAUAGGCGACCUCAACCAGGCAUGGGAUCUCUACUACCAGGUGUUCCGCAAGAUCGCUCGUCAAUUGCCGUCCUUGAUGACGCUUGAGUUGCAGUAUGUCUCACCAAAGCUCAAGGACGCGCAUGACCUUGAACUUGCUGUUCCUGGAACGUACCAGGUUGGCAAGCCGGUUAUCCGCAUCAUCUCGUUUGACCCUGUUGCAUCCGUCAUCCAGUCCAAGCAGCGACCCAGGAAGCUGGAAAUGCGCGGAAGCGACGGGAAAGCACACACCCAUGUCCUCAAGGGCCACGAAGACAUUCGUCAAGACGAGCGUGUCAUGCAACUCUUCGGUCUCUGCAACACGCUGCUCUCCAACGAUGUGGAGUCUCGUAAGCGACACCUUAAUAUCCAACGCUACGCCGCGGUCCCGCUUAGUACGCAAUCCGGUCUGCUUGGUUGGGUCCCUAACAGCGACACUCUGCAUGUGCUCAUCCGCGAGUACCGCGAUAGUAGAAAGAUUCUCCUCAACAUUGAGCACCGCAUCAUGCUGCAGAUGGCGCCUGAUUACGACUGCCUCACGCUCAUGCAAAAGGUUGAAGUCUUUGGCUACGCGCUCGACAACACAACAGGCCAGGAUCUCUACCGCGUCUUGUGGCUCAAAUCUAAAUCCUCAGAAGCCUGGCUUGAUCGCCGCACAAACUACACGCGUUCUCUCGCCGUCAUGUCCAUGGUCGGUUACAUUCUGGGUCUCGGCGAUCGCCACCCUAGUAACUUGAUGCUGGACCGCGUCACCGGCAACAUUAUUCACAUUGAUUUCGGCGACUGUUUCGAAGUAGCCAUGCACCGGGAGAAGUACCCGGAACGCGUACCGUUCCGUCUCACGCGCAUGUUGACGUAUGCCAUGGAAGUUAGUAAUAUCGAGGGUAGCUACCGGACGACUUGCGAGCACGUCAUGCGCGUGUUGAGGAGCAACAAGGAGAGUGUCAUGGCUGUGCUUGAAGCUUUCAUCCACGACCCCCUCCUAACCUGGCGCCUCAACCACCGCGACACCUCCCCGGAGCCAAACUACCCCUCUGAACGCCGCCAAUCCAUCAUGGUCGCCGACCCCGCAAACCCCAACCCCAACGACCCCCACCAAAUGCCCAGCAUCGUCGGUCGCCCCCGCCACCGCUCCUCCAUCGCCCCACCCCAGAACAACGACGUCGACGCAAAGGAAGUGCAGAAUGCACGCGCCUUGCAGGUCCUCAGUCGUGUUAAGGAGAAGUUGACGGGUAAGGACUUUGGCAAGGGUGAGGAGUUGAGGACCGAGAUGCAGGUCGAUCGGUUGAUUAAGGAGGCGACGAAUUUGGAGAAUCUUUGUCAGCAUUAUAUUGGGUGGUGUAGUUUUUGGUAG